AUGAGUACAGUCCUAAGCCUAAGUCGAUCAUGUAUCAAUGGCUUCCAGUAUCUUUUGUCAAGCCUCAGAGGUACUGCGCCUCGAUUUCUUCAGCAGAUGCCGCCCUCGACAAUUGAGAUACAGCUUGGAAAGUUCAGAGUUUGGUGUGGGAAUCUGGGUGCUUUGCAGACAGGCUAUUCUUCGCUUGAUUACAGAUUGAGAGAGUCGGCUGUCAUGCAAGAAAACGUCUCGAAACUUCUCCAACAGCUUGACAUAGCAUUGGAAGAGUCGACCGCUGUCAUAUCGGGAGAACGGCUUCCAUUUGAUGAGGAAUCUAUGCCCUCAGAUAUAAGCGAAGAAUCCGACGAUGACGCAAGCAACGAGUACUUCCCAACAACAGAGUUAUCUAUGAGAGUCACAAGUAUCACUGACAUACUAAACAACCUGUACCGAUUAUCGUACAAAAUUCGCAACUCUGGUGUUCGCCCCAGUUCUACCAGGGCCAGCUUGAUCCAAGCAGUGGACAACGACACUGGAAUCGACCUGUUCGAUACGCUUUAUGAGUUCGACUCGAGGCACCUGACUGAAAUCUUUAUAACUAUGCGUCAAGAAAGGGCUCAAGGUGUUGAAUCAUCCGACUUUCUCCUUGAGAGACUUGCAACAUCCAAUGUCUUGCGUCGGAAACAAUUUCGGUAUUGGGAAAAGCAUGCUAGAAAGCUUGGUGUUCAAAUUUUAACUGUGCAUCGGACACAUGUCAGAGAAAGGCCCUCAGCAUCAGAGGCUCAAGUGCAAGAAGGACUCCCACAAAUCCAGCGGCUUGAAAUCCCUCCCGCGGUUGCGGAACAAAGCCACCUCUCUGAAACCAAUGCGACACCGUAUGAUCCCGCCUUAGAUGACAGAACGGAGAGAGAAACCAUAAUAUCACUCGCCUCGACUGCCCUCGAUGCCGACGGAAAGGGAAUUGAGGUUCCCAAACCUCCCGCGGAGGCAAUGAAUGGAGACUCGUUUACUUGCCCUUACUGUUGGGUUGUUUGCCCCCCAAAGGAAGGGAGAGGAAAAAGCUGGAAAUCGCAUGUACUCCAAGACUUGAGACCUUAUGUAUGCACGUAUGAAGCAUGCAAUUCUGCCAAAGACGUUUAUCAGUCGAGAAAAGCGUGGGUGGACCACGAAGAAGCUUUGCAUCGAUCCAGUUGGCGAUGCCGCGAUCACCCCGACAUCUUGUAUGCGACAUCUGAAAGUUUUCAGCGACAUCUGUUAUUAGAGCAUGAUAGAGAUCUCUCAGGUGAACAACUUGAGGACUUCGCCAACGUCUCUAGACUGGGCCGCGUGGAUGACCGUGAUAGCUGCCCCAUAUGUUUCGAAGAGCAGCCAUUUCCCAAGGGUCUGACCAAUCAUCUAGCAAACCAUCUUGAGCGAAUUGCAUUAUUUGCUCUACCGAGGACUAUAUCCAGUGACGAGAAGAACAUGGACGAGAGUCAAUUCUCCAAAUUGUUCAAUAUUGACCCUGACGAUUCAUCGACACCAGAACAGUUUGAAGAUGAGGAAGAUGAAGAAGAUGAAGCAGAGGGAGAAGACGAAGAAAAGGAAGAAGAUGUGUCAGGCACUCAGUUGAAGCCCACUGAAAAUCUAUCUUAUCCCCCUGAGAUGAAGGAGAUACUUAGAAUGUUGCAAUAUGAUGCAAUGUUCUUUAUGGCAAUAAAGUCCGAUCUCAUCGCAAUCGGCCUAACUCUAGGUGGCCACGCUAAGUUUGCAUUCGAACUAGCCUCGAAUGAUGCUGGGAGAUGUUUAUCAAUCACAAAACAGCUCUUGGAAUGUGACUGGAAAGUUCACGUGACCCCAACAGCCGGAGAUCGUUUGACGGAGAUACUGAGGGACCUGCAGAUAUUUCUUGAUGCAGCCAGGAUGGAGCUUGAUAAGAUUCAUGAGUACAGUUUGGAAGACCAACAGAGACAGAUCACGCUCGUCGCUGAAGCAGUGGGUGGACUAGGAACCGUGCAUGACAUUCUUAACGGAAUACUCCAGGUACUUCAAGAAUCCAUUUCCUUCACCACUGGCUUCACCAAAAUCGGAGAGUGCCAAAGCAUUUUAACAACGUUAUUGCAUGCCGAAGUUGAAACGGCAUCGGACCUAAGGAAUACACAACAUAUGACGGAGUCCAUUGAACUGCCACCGGACGUCACUCAUGAGACGACAGAGGCUCCAGAGUACGAUGAGACGUUGGAUGCCCGUUACCGAAUAGCUCCUUCGUGGAAGUUCCAGCCUGGCGAGGUAUUUAAAAUUCUCUGGCCUGAGCCUGCCCGCGAUGACAGCGAUGAAACAAUAUAUCGUGAUCGGUAUGGUGAAUGUAUCAUGAUCCACUUUCGUCGCUUCAUUGUUGUCGCCAAUGACAGAGGUCAUUGCACAUGCGUGCCAAUUACAACAUAUGGCGGGAAAGCAUUAAAAAAGAAAGCAGUUGAUCCUCAAAGUCAUGGAAUCGUUCAUGAAUCAGGGUGUCCCCCACCACAACUUUUACAAGGGGAGCCCACACCGGGGUUUCCGCCUAUUCGUGUUCAUAUACACGAGGACGGCGAGAAAAUAAGUCGGCGAAAUCGAGUAUGUUAUGCAAAACUUACGACCGUUGAACACUACGUCAAAGUCUUAUUUGUAGGACGCGUUGUGGAUGCAGACUGGGACACUGUCACUUCCGCAGUGGAAGCUUGCUGGAUGAAGAAAGACCAUGAGAUCAGGUCAGAAGGAGAAGAAGAAGAUGAGAUGUGA